AUGUUCUCCAUCCUCCCUUUCUCCAUCCCCUACCCACCUAACACACUCCUACCCUCUCCUCAUUCCAAAAGCACUCCACAAACCUUGCUGCCCACUGUGACACAUCCACCUCCUGCACACCAUCCAAUCACCUCACUUCACUCCUUCGCCAAUGCACCACUCCUCCCACGGCUCUCCCUCGUGACGCCGAGCGCAACCACCUGGGUGUACAUCAAUCCCUACACCUCAUUCCUCCUGCGUCGUCUGCAGUCACUCAACCUCGCCGCAUUGCCUGCCCCUCUCACCUACCACUACAUUACUCCUCCCCCACCCCUUCCUCAUCCCCCCCCCUCCAUGUCCUGCCCUCAUUCCAUGCAUCCACUCACGUCCCAUGCACUCACCUCCUGCAUCAACCUCCUACCCACCUCCAUUUCCGUCGAGAAGGCGGACAGCAAACCCUCCCAUCCACAGGUGCCAUAG